UAACUCAUGUAUCUGAAGCGUAUCGUGCGCGAGUAUUUUCUAGUGUUCAAAAUAAUGAGCCCUGCUUUGGACGAGUAUGGAUUAAUAAUAAUGAUGCAAUAUGUGACACUGGAAACAUAUUCUGCAACAAUUGUCAAUUAAUGGAUUGUUCCACACCAAAUAACCCAUAUUCUGUUCAAGUGCACAUGGCUAAGAACAGUAAAUUGGUUGAUGCCGGCAAUAAUGGAUGCUUUGAAGUAACUGGUACUGGGUUUAAUUGGGACUUUAAAGAAAUAGAUUGUAGUCAAUAUCCCAGUAACCCUACCACUUGUCACUUGUAA